GGGGAGGCAGCAUGGCCCGCGAGCCGGAGGAAGAGGAGCCGGCGGGGGCGGCCGCCCUGGCCCGCGGCGGCCGGGGCUUGCCCGGCCGGGCCGGGGCGGGAGCGCGGCGGCCGUCCCUCUGGCUGUUCUGCGUGGUCGCGUGCUGGCUGCUGGGCGCGGUGGCCCACGCCGACUUCUCCAUCCUGGACGAGGCGCAAGUGCUGGCGAGCCAGAUGCGGAGGCUAGCGGCAGAGGAGCUGGGGGUCGUCACCAUGCAGCGGAUAUUCAACUCCUUUGUUUACACUGAGAAAAUCUCAAAUGGAGAAAGUGAAGUACAGCAGCUAGCCAAAAAAAUCCGAGAGAAGUUCAACCGUUACUUGGAUGUGGUCAACCGGAACAAGCAAGUUGUAGAAGCGUCCUAUACGGCUCACCUGACAUCUCCCCUCACUGCAAUUCAAGACUGUUGUACGAUCCCACCCUCCAUGAUGGAAUUCGAUGGCAACUUCAAUACCAAUGUAUCUAGAACAAUUAGUUGUGAUCGACUUUCUACUACUGUGAAUAGCCGGGCCUUCAAUCCGGGACGAGACUUAAAUUCAGUUCUUGCAGACAACCUGAAAUCCAACCCUGGGAUCAAGUGGCAGUAUUUCAGUUCGGAAGAAGGGAUAUUCACUGUCUUCCCGGCACACAAGUUCCGGUGUAAGGGCAGCUAUGAGCAUCGCAGUAGACCUAUCUACGUCUCGACAGUCCGGCCGCAGUCCAAGCACAUAGUAGUGAUCCUGGACCACGGGGCCUCCGUCACCGACACGCAGCUCCAGAUCGCCAAGGAUGCCGCCCAGGUCAUCCUCAGCGCCAUCGACGAGCACGAUAAGAUCUCGGUGCUGACGGUGGCAGACACUGUGAGGACCUGCUCCCUGGACCAGUGCUACAAGACGUUCCUGUCUCCAGCCACCAGUGAGACCAAAAGGAAGAUGUCCACCUUCGUCAGCAGCGUCAAAUCUUUGGACAGUCCUACCCAGCACGCCGUGGGGUUUCAAAAGGCAUUUCAGCUGAUUCGGAGCACAAAUAACAACACAAAGUUCCAAGCAAAUACAGACAUGGUCAUCAUUUACCUGUCAGCUGGCCUUACAUCAAAGGAAGAAGAUAAAAAGGCGACGCUCCGUAUCAUCAAUGAAGAAAAUAGCUUUCUAAACAACUCCGUGAUGAUUCUCACCUAUGCCCUCAUGAACGAUGGGGUGACUGGUUUGAAAGAGCUGGCUUUUCUGAGAGAUCUGGCUGAACAGAACUCAGGAAAGUAUGGCGUGCCGGACCGGACAGCCUUGCCCGUGAUUAAGGGCAGCAUGAUGGUGCUAAACCAGCUGAGUAACCUGGAGACCACAGUCGGCAGGUUCUAUACCAACCUUCCCAACCGGAUGAUUGAUGAAGCCGUCUUUAGCCUCCCCUUCUCCGAUGAGAUGGGAGAUGGUUUGAUAAUGACAGUGAGUAAACCCUGUUAUUUUGGAAACCUACUCCUGGGAAUUGUAGGUGUGGACGUGAACCUGGCUUAUAUCCUUGAAGAUGUGACGUAUUACCAAGACUCUUUGGCUUCCUAUACUUUUCUCAUAGAUGACAAAGGGUAUACACUUAUGCACCCAUCUCUUACCAGGCCAUAUUUGCUAUCAGAACCCCCUCUUCAUACUGACAUCAUUCAUUAUGAAAAUAUCCCAAAAUUUGACUUGGUUCGGCAAAAUAUUCUAAGCCUCCCUCUGGGCAGCCAGAUUAUCGCAGUGCCUGUGAACUCCUCCCUGUCCUGGCACAUAAACAAGCUGAGAGAGACCGGGAAGGAGGCAUACAACGUUAGCUACGCCUGGAAGAUGGUACAAGACACUUCCUUUAUUCUCUGUAUUGUGGUGAUACAACCAGAAAUACCUGUCAGACAACUGAAGAACCUCAACACCGUGCCCAGCAGCAAGCUGCUGUACCACCGGCUGGACCUCCUGGGCCAGCCCAGUGCUUGCCUCCACUUCAAACAGCUGGCCACUCUAGAGAGUCCAACCGUCAUGCUGUCUGCUGGCAGCUUUUCCUCCCCCUACGAGCACCUCAGCCAGCCCGAGACAAAGCGCAUGGUGGAGCACUACACAGCCUACCUCAGUGACAACACCCGCCUCAUUGCCAACCCGGGGCUCAAAUUCUCUGUCAGAAAUGAAGUAAUGGCUACCAGCCACGUCACAGAUGAAUGGAUGACACAAAUGGAAAUGAGCAGCCUGAACACGUACAUUGUCCGCCGUUACAUAGCAACACCCAAUGGCGUCCUCAGAAUUUAUCCUGGUUCCCUCAUGGACAAAGCAUUUGAUCCCACUAGGAGACAAUGGUAUCUCCAUGCAGUAGCUAAUCCAGGGCUGAUUUCUUUGACUGGACCUUACUUAGAUGUUGGAGGAGCUGGCUACGUGGUGACUAUUAGCCAUACAAUUCAUUCAUCCAGUACACAGAUGUCUUCUGGUCACACUGUGGCUGUGAUGGGCAUUGACUUCACGCUUAGAUACUUCUACAAGGUUCUGAUGGACUUAUUGCCUGUUUGUAACCAAGAUGGCGGCAACAAAAUAAGGUGCUUCAUCAUGGAGGACAGGGGUUACCUGGUAGCACAUCCGACCCUCAUUGACCCCAAAGGCCACGCGCCUGUGGAACAGCAGCACAUCACCCACAAGGAGCCCCUGGUAGCAAAUGACAUCCUGAACCACCCCAACUUCGUCAAGAAAAACUUGUGCAACAGCUUCAGUGACAGGACAGUACAGAGGUUUUACAAGUUCAACACUAGCCUCGUGGGGGAUUUGACGAACCUUGUGCACGGCAGCCACUGUUCAAAGUACAGGCUGGCAAGGAUCCCGGGAACCAACGCGUUUGUGGGCAUUGUCAACGAAACGUGCGACUCCCUUGCCUUCUGUGCUUGUAGCAUGGUGGACCGGCUCUGCCUCAACUGUCACCGAAUGGAACAAAACGAAUGUGAAUGUCCCUGUGAGUGCCCUCUGGAGGUCAAUGAGUGUACUGGCAACCUCACCAAUGCAGAAAACCGAAACCCAAGCUGCGAGGUCCACCAGGAGCCGGUGACGUACACAGCUACGGACCCUGGCCUGCAAGAUGCUCUUCACCAGUGUGUCAACAGCAGGUGCAGUCAGAGGAUGGAGAGCGGGGACUGCUUUGGUGUGCUGGACUGUGAGUGGUGCAUGGUGGACAGCGAUGGAAAGACUCACCUGGACAAAGCCUACUGUGCGCCCCAGAAAGAAUGCUUUGGGGGCAUUGUGGGAGCCAAAAGUCCCUACGCGGAUGACAUGGGAGCCAUAGGUGAUGAGGUGAUCACAUUGAACAUGAUUAAAAGUGCCCCCGUGGGCCCCGUGGCCGGAGGCAUCAUGGGGUGCAUCAUGGUGCUGGUCCUCGCCGUGUACGCCUACCGCCAUCAGAUUCACCGCCGGAGCCAUCAGCACAUGUCUCCUCUGGCCGCUCAAGAAAUGUCAGUGCGUAUGUCCAACCUGGAGAAUGACAGGGAUGAAAGGGACGACGACAGCCACGAAGACAGAGGCAUCAUCAGCAAUACUCGGUUCAUAGCCGCGGUCAUGGAGCGGCACGCACACAGCCCGGAGAGGAGGCGUCGCUACUGGGGCCGCUCGGGAACCGAGAGUGAUCAUGGCUACAGCACGAUGAGCCCGCAGGAGGACAGUGAGAACCCUCCGUGCAACAAUGACCCCUUGUCAGCAGGGGUGGACGUGGGGAACCACGACGAGGACUUGGACCUGGACGCCCCUCCUCAGACGGCGGCCCUCCUCAGUAACAAGUUCCACCACUACCGCUUGCCCCACCCCACGCUCCAUCACAGCCACCACCUCCAGGCGGCCGUGACCGUCCACAGCGUGGACGCGGAGUGCUAA